UUGAUUUAAUUUGAUUGAUUUAAAUUGUUCCCUAUUGAUUAGUUUAAAUGAGUAAAUAUAUUGACAUACAAUUGUCUUAAUUGUUGUUUAAAUACACACAAUAAAAAGGUCAAAAGUUUUCAGAUAGAUUGGUCUAAAUAAUUGUAACAAUUAAGUAAUCGGAUUUUCAUAUUAACUGAUUAAAAUGAAAAUGUCAAAAAGUUAAUCAAGUAUUAGUUUUAUUUAAUUUGAUUAUCUUGCACUUAGUCAAUUAAGAAAUUAAAUUUAUCCUCAAGAGUCGGAUAAUUACAUGAUAAUUGAACAUUGUAAUUGUUAUUAAUUGUUAUAAGAUAAGGUAAAUAACUACAAUUAAAUUUACGUCAAUGAAUAUUAAUAAUUAUCUCGUUACAAGUUUAUAAUGAAAACAUGUGACUUUUGAUUAACUUUUUGAUUAAUUUAGUUUGCUAACCAAUGAAUCAACGAAUUGUAUAUAUUAAUUAGUCAAUAGACAAUUAAAGAUAUUACCAAAACAAUUAAAAAAAAAGUCCACCAAUUUUGAUUAACCAAUCAAGGUUAAGAUAUUGAUUAAUCAAUCAAAUCCCAAGUUAAUUGUAAACAAAUAAACAACCAACAAAACUAAUAAUAGCUGAUCAACAAUCAACAACAACAAUUUAAAUAAUUGCAAGUUCAUCUCAACGUAAAUUCAAUUUUGUUGAUUGUUAGGCCUUAAUAUUAAUUGUAUUAAAUCAAUGAUCAUGUUUUCACAUAAGGUUAUUGAUUAAUGAUAGUAAAUAAUUGAUGAAGAAAAUGAUGAAGAAAAAUGGAAAUUGAUUUAAUUGUUAACAAGUAAACCCAAUGGUUAGAUAGAAAAGCAAAUUAACUUUGAAGCAAUUAAACAGUAAUUUAACUUUGUUAUUAAAUAAGUAAAUUUGGUAAAGUGAUUAGUUUGUUUGUUAAUCAACAAGAGGAAGAAAAAAAAAGUUAUGGAAAUGUUUAAAUUGUUAACAAUAAUUGUGAUCAUUGUCUCUUCCUGUCUAAUUAGUGAUCAUUAUGUUUCCACUCAUGGAUAUCUAAUCAGCCCGGCGGGUAGACCAUCAGCUUGGCGGGUCGGCUAUAAGACACCAAUUAACUACAAUGACAUGGAAAUGUGGUGCGGAGGGUUGACAGUUAAACGCGCUAACAACGGGAGGUGUGGGGUUUGUGGUGAUCCAUAUAAUGGUACACGUACCAGUGAAGUGCCAUCAGGUAAAUGGGUAACCAAACCUCCCACCUUGACCGGAGAUUAUGGUCAAGGUGAUUGGAUAAAUGUAACAGUUAACUUGACCGCUGCCCAUAAGGGUUACUUUGUAUUCCGAUUGUGUCCAAGUCAAUCAGAUGAAAUUGAGGUAACCCAAGAGUGUUUAAAUCAACAUCCAUUAGAAAUUAUAAUUAACUCAUCAACAUUGGAAAAACGGUACAAAUAUCAUCUUGGUAAUCAAGGUCCUAAUCUUUAUAAUUUGACCCUCGUACUUCCGGUCAACCUUACCUGUUCUCGAUGUGUCCUCCAGUGGGAUUAUACCUGUGGUAAUCAGGGAACUACCGACAUGGAAAAUGAAACAUUCAGAGCUUGUGCUGAUAUUAGAAUAACAAGUAAAUUAACUUCUAAUAAAACGAGUGAAACAAUUAACCAAAAUCAACUAAUCAACUCGACUGAAUCAACUAUUAAUAUAAAACCAUCAACAUCAUCAUCACCACCGACAACAACAAUCAUCAACAAUUAUAAAGAUAUUGAUCCAGCAGAAAAUGAAAUUGAUCAAUUAAUUUAAUUUCCAUACAAAUGAAUUAAUUGUUUAAUCAAACAUUGUUAACAAUUUGUAUGUGUGUAUAUUUUUUUUGUAUAUUAUAUGAAAUCUGUACAGAAAACAAAGACUAAUUGUCUUAUUUACAAUCUUAACAAUCAAUGAAUAGAAAUUGAGAAAUAAAUUUAGAUAAACAAUUGUUGAAACAAUUAACUAAUUGGUGAGUUGUUUUUUUUUUCUUGCUUCUCACUAAAACAAUUUACCUUUCGAUGGGACAAUUAAUUUCAAG